AAUAAAGUUCGUGCGCGCCGGGAGCGGAAGCGGAAGCGGUGAAUCUCCAUGGCGGUGGCGGCGGCAGCGGCGGCGGGACCCGUGUUCUGGAGGCGACUACUGGGCCUCCUGCCUGGCCGCCCAGGGCUGGCCGCGCUCCUGGGACGCCUGUCCGACCGCCUCGGCAGGAACCGGGACCGCCAGCGCAGGAGGUCACCAUGGCUGUUACUGGCUCCCCUGCUGUCCCCCACUGUUCCCCAGGUCACCUCCCCACCUUGCUGCCUGUGUCCGGAAGGCGUGCACCGGUUCCAGUGGAUCAGAAACCUGGUUCCAGAAUUUGGAGUCUCCAGUUCUCACGUCAGGGUGCUUUCUUCCCCAGCAGAGUUUUUUGAGCUCUUGAAGGGGCAGAUAAGAGUGGCCAAGAGGCGGGUCGUGAUGGCAUCUCUCUACCUGGGGACAGGUCCUUUGGAACAGGAACUGGUGGACUGCCUGGAAAGUACUCUAGAAAAGUCACUCCAAGCAAAGUUUCCUUCAGAUCUCAAGGUCUCCAUUCUCUUGGACUUCACGCGGGGCUCACGAGGCCGGAAGAACUCCCGCACGAUGCUGCUCCCACUUCUGCAGAGGUUCCCAGAGCAGGUCCGAAUCUCCCUCUUUCACACGCCGCACCUCCGCGGCCUGCUCCGGCUCCUCAUCCCUGAGCGCUUCAACGAGACCAUUGGCCUGCAGCACAUUAAGGUGUAUCUCUUCGACAACAGCGUCAUCUUGAGCGGUGCAAACCUGAGUGACUCCUACUUCACCAACCGCCAGGACCGCUACGUGUUCCUGCAGGACUGCGUGGAGAUUGCCGACUUCUUCACGGAGCUGGUGGACGCGGUGGGGGAUGUGUCCCUGCAGCUGCAGGGGGACGACACGGUGCAGGUGGUGGAUGGGAUGGUGCAUCCUUACAAAGGAAGCAACCAGGCCAGCGGCUGUUCGCCUAGGGCCCAUUUCCCCAAGCUUGUCACUUGUGCCUGUGACUUCCAGCUCCCUUGA